CUGAUUUCCAGGAUCACUUUCGUCUACCUCAGCGAGGAAUCCCCUUUAGAAGCUCUACAUAGUCAAAUUAUUCCGUUGUCACCUACUUCAUUCCUUUUGGACUGUGUAGAUGUUUUCAUCGACAUUUUUGGGAUAGAUAACGUGUCUGCUUUUCUCUUCCGAUUGAAAGACAAGUUUUCUGUCGUAACCAUAUGCUCGGAGCCUUCCACGUCCGAUGAAUGCUUUAAACGAUUGGAAUCAAUGGCAGACACGAUAAUUACGCUUGAAUUACUAGACGGCGAAUGCAUAGCAGAUAUUGUAACAUAUAAGAAAAAUGGAAAACAAGCUAAAAUGAAGGAAAUUUUUGCUAUAUCCGAAGAAUUGAAAAUAUCGAGCAAAAAGUAUGUACCGCCUGAACUGCAUCAACUGGCAACUGAUACAAAGGUUGCGGAACUGGAUAUAGAACCUGAACUAGGAGUGAGUUAG